CUAAACACGUGGGUGUGGCUGUAUUUCUAAAGUGGGGUAAUGAAAACGAAAGUAGUGCCAAGUACAGAAUGGCGGCUGCCUAUGAGUCUGACGAGGAGAACCUGUCAAAGAGUGACAGUGAAUCUGGCGUAAGCUAUGAGUCGCGCAGUGACGGGUCUUCAGAUGAAGAAGCUGAUUGCCAGUUUUAUGGGAAAGAGCCCUGCAAGUAUUACAACCAAGGCAAGUGUAAGGAUGGUGAUAAGUGCUCCUACCUGCACUUCUGCAAGUAUGCCCUGACAGGAACCUGUCGCAACGGCUCCAAGUGUAAGCUGAAACACCCCCGAGGUGGAAGAGAGUCCUCUGGUGCAACCAACGGGGCCUCAAACCGAUCAACGUCUAGAGACCCAAAGCUCACUGACGGCCGAAUCUACCAGUGGCAGCUGAAUGAUGGAAACGGUUGGAUGGAUGUCAGCAACGAUCACGUUCUCGAGAGCCAGUACUCACUGCCCCACACCAAAAGCAUUAAAAUCUAUAACACUCCGUAUGGGGCUGUGAGUAUAGACUUUAACAGGAUGAGAGUGUAUGGAAAGAGUCUGAGAGUGAGACGUUUGGAUGAUGGGAAAACCGUGUGGAUCUGGUACUGCACACUGGGCCGCAAGUGGAUCAAGUAUGGAGACAAGGAUGCGAAGGGGAACCCCAGUCCUGCGAAGAGCUCCGACAUAGAGCAGAAGUUCCAGAGUAACCCAACGAGCUCCUAUACUUUCAGCAUCGGCCCUGAAACAUUUGAGAUUAGAUUCAAAGAUAUGCGACAGGUGACUGCAAAGAGAAAGAGGAAAGUUACCCGUCGACCACAGUACCGACAAAAGCCAGCCGGAGCCGGAGCAGGAGCAGUAGUUUCUGAAGCAGCCGCGGCUCUCCAGAAUGUUUCUGUGGGCACCAAACCACAGUGGCAAUUUGAGGGAGACAGCGGAGCGUGGCACGCGUUCAAACACAGGCAGAGCGGGACUCAAACUGAAUGCUCAGUAACUAGCGAUGACAUUGAGAGGAAGUACAAUCAAAACCCCAACGGCAGCAUGACCUUCAAAGUGAAAGGACACUCCUACAAGCUGGACUUUGGAGCGAUGAUGCAAACCAACCUCAAAACCAAGCAUACACGCAAGAUCAGACGUGUCCUGGUGUGAGUGAUUUUGAAGACCUCAAGAAGAAAGUCUACAGACACUUGUGCAAUACCAUAUUUAUGCAAUCAUUAUAAUCUGGGAUUCAUAUAUUCUCCUGAGACCUGAUCUUUUAUUUGGUAUUAUUUUUAAUUUGUCCUAGCUAUUUGGGAUCAGUAGGACCUGAUGAAUAUAAAAAGCUAAAGAUUUUCAAGCCUUAUAAAGUCCCAGUGUUCUCAAACGAGACGAUAAUAAAGUCCCAGUCUUCUCAAACGAGAUGAUAAUGAAGUCCCAAUGUCCUCAAACAAGACGUUAACAAAGUCCCAAUCUUUUCAAACGAGACGAUAAUGAAGUCCUAAUGUCCUCAAACAAGACAGUAACAAAGUCCUAAUGUCCUUAAAAGAGACGAUAACAAAGUCCCAGUGUCCUCAAACGAGACAAUGAUUAAGUGUCAAUGUCUUCAAACGAGACAAUGAUAAAGUCCCGAUGUCCUUAAACAAGAGGAUGAUAAAGUCUCGAUGUCUUCAAACGAGACGAUAAUAAAUAACCAAUGUCCUCAAACGAGAGGAUAAUAAAGUCCCGAUGUCCUCAAACGAGACGAUAAUAAAGUCCUAAUGUCCUUAAAAGAGACAAUAACAAAGUCCCGAUGUCCUCAAACGAGACAGUAACAAAGUCCCGAUGUCCUCAAACGAGACAAUAACAAAGUCCCGAUGUCCUGAAAUGAGGCAAUGAUUAAGUUUCAAUGUCUUCAAACGAGACGAUGAUAAAGUCCCGGUGUCUUCAAAUGUCUUCAAACGACACGAUAAUAAAUAACCAGUGUUCUCAAACGAGAUGAAAGUAAAGUCCCAAUGUCCUCAAACGUGACGAUAAUAAAGUCCUAAUGUCUUCAAACGAGACGAUAAUAAAGUCCUGAUGUCUUCAAAUGAGUAGGCUACUGUCUAAUUAACAGCAUCUUAUUUUGUUACUGUUGCUAACAUUGGUUAAAUCUGUUAGCAUAUCAAUCUACAAACAUUAUUAAUCACAAAAUUCAUAACAUGUGAUCAGGUUUUGUACCUUGUCCACUUUUGUGUCAGGAUCAGCUGCAGACUGACUUGGCAGAGGUGGCUGCCAUCUUGUUUUUACAUGGAUUACUGUAUUGUGCUCUUGCUACCACUAGAUGGCACAAAAGUGUCCACGUACGAGAACUACAGGUCUAAGUUUAGUAGAAUGAAGUAUAAGGUGCACUAAACCCAAAAUAAGAUGUCCUCAUAUGAGGACACAGGGUCUCAGACGGAUAUCUAUACAUGGCCUAAUUUAUACAAUCUUUAAUAUUGUUUACACGAGACAGGAAUUCAGGAUGAGAUUAGAUUGUCCUGAACAUGGUUGUGUCAUUUUUAGUAAUGUGGCUGCCACAGGGGAUUGUUUACCAACACAAACACUGCCUGACUAACUUGUGCUCAGAUUAUGAACUGUACCAGCUUGCCUUUUAAAAACUAUUCUUAGACACAGACAGUACAUGCCGCCAUACCAGGGGAUGCACUUAAUUUUUGUAGUUAAAUCUGAAGAAGAAAUUGAGAAUAUAAGACAAAGUCUCCUGAAAUGAUCAAACAAAAUAUUUCAUGUUACAGUCAAGCUGCCACAUAUCUACGCACUGCCUCGUCUUAUGUUAUAGAAUGGACUAUUUUAGAACCAAAUCUAAUUCAAAUGAAUGCCAAUGAACUGUUUUAUUUGAUUUUAAUGGUUUUUAUAUGGUGGUUACAUUAUGUAAUAAAACACUGCAGUUUUUCAGCUCAAUUCAUAUCUUUUUAUUUCAAGAUUAGAAGUCCAGUAUUAAGUCUUAAAGAUUGCUCUCCUUCAUACCUCUGCUUUGCACUGAGAUACCAGUGUGAUACAGAUUAUAUUAAAUAGUAUGUAAUAGUAAUUUGGGUAACUUGUGAUUGCAAGUUGGAAAAAAAAUACAUCCAAUGUUUUUUGUUGUUGUUUUUGUUUGUUUGUUUUUGAGGCAAUAAAACAUGAUGCCAGCA